UAGUAGGCCUGGUUACAAGCACAAAAUGGCGGAAGAAGUUUCGCAAGAAGUUGAUUCGAUUUCAAUGAACGGCUGUGAAAAAUCUGCAGUUUAUGAGUCAUUUUUGCUCGAUAAAUUCCCAACUAUAGAUAGUGAUCUUCUAAUAUACGUUAAAGAUGUACUACAACAUGGAGAAGACUUUGAGAAUGGGAAUGAUAUUUAUGAUGCAGUUGGAGGGAUCUUGCAUGAAGUGACCAGCAACAAUGCUGAUGAUGAUGAAAUUAAAGCAAUAUGUGAUCAGUUAAUGGGAAUUAUGAAAAGAUCGUCAUCAACAGAAAAAUUUGAGCAUAAAAAACUUGACGCUCCUGUGAUACUUGAAAAUACAUCCUUAUGUGCAGAUAAUGAAGAAGAGGAAGCAGUCAGUAUUUGGAUAAAGAAACAGAAUGACUCUACGACUGUUGACCAAAGGAAGUUAGGAAAAGCAGAAGCAAAACUAAAAGCAAAACAAGAGAAAAGAGAAGAAAAAGAGGAGAAAAAACCUAAUGUCAUUGUUGAACUAGAUGGAGCAACAGCUAGUCAGAGUGGGAAUAGAAGAGAAGCAAAGAUGGAAGCAAGUGGAACAAACAAAUCUAGAGAUAUAAGAAUUGAAAACUUUGAUCUGGCUUUUGGAGAAAGAUUAUUAUUAAAAAAUGCAAAUGUUAGUUUUGCGGCUGGGAGAAGAUAUGGUUUAAUUGGUAGGAAUGGAGUUGGCAAGACAACAUUUCUCAGGACUUUAUCCAGGCGUGAGCUGUUUGUCCCAUCUCAUAUUUCAAUUCUACAUGUUGAACAAGAGGUUAUUGGCGAUGAGACCCCAGCACUUGAGAGUGUUCUUGAGUGUGAUAAAGGAAGAUACGACCUACUGAAGGAAGAAAGAGAGCUAGUUUCACAGGCUGCAAGUGGAAGUCCCGAAUGCAAGUCAAAUGGAGGUGCUACUGGUCGUUUGUCUCAGAUAUAUGUCCGCUUAGAGGAAAUAGAAGCUGACAAAGCUCCUGCAAGAGCAUCUACUAUUUUGGCAGGCUUGGGAUUUUCUCCACAAAUGCAAAGACAGUACACAAAGGAAUUUUCUGGUGGAUGGAGAAUGAGAAUCGCUUUGGCAAGAGCUCUAUUUAGCAAACCUGAUUUGCUUCUUCUGGACGAACCUACUAACAUGUUGGACCUAAAAGCAGUCAUGUGGUUAGAAAAUUAUCUUCAGACAUGGGUAACAACCAUUUUAGUGGUUUCUCACGACAGAAACUUCUUGGAUUCCGUUUGUACAGACAUUCUGCAUAUGCAUUCACAAAAAUUAGACUAUUAUAAAGGCAAUUAUGAGAAUUUUCACAAGACACGAGAAGAAAAAUUAUUGAACCAACAGAGAGAAUAUGAAUCUCAACAAAUGUACCGACAACAUUUACAGGCAUUUAUUGAUAAGUUCAGGUAUAACGCGAAAAGAGCUUCUCUCGCACAAAGCAAAAUCAAGAUCCUCGAAAAGCUCCCAGUCCUACAACCUGUCGCAAAGGAAGCACCUGUGAUGAUCCAGUUUCCUGAAUGUGAAAAAUUGUCACCGCCUGUUCUACAGUUAGACGAGGUGACAUUUUACUACGAUGCAAGUAAGGUGAUCUUUGAGAAAGUCGAUAUUUCCUGUAACAGUGAGUCAAGAAUAGCCGUGGUUGGUGAUAAUGGGUCAGGAAAAACUACAUUACUCAAGAUACUCCUCGGGGAACUGGAACCAGUCAAAGGAAUCAAACACUGCCACAGAAAUCUGAAGGUAGGAUAUUUCAGUCAGCACCACGUUGAUCAACUACAAAUGGGCCAAUCAGCUCUGGGGAUGUUAGCGGAAAAAUUCCCAGGUAAAACAAUGGAACAAUAUCGACAUCAGUUAGGGCGAUAUGGAGUAUCAGGAGACUUGGCUACGCGACCACUGUUGAGUUUAUCUGGAGGUCAGAAGAGUAGAGUCAUAUUUUCCUUGAUGACAAAUGCAUGUCCAAAUCUUCUUAUUCUUGACGAACCUACCAACCAUCUUGACAUGGAAACCAUAGAAGCACUAGCCAAGGCACUCAAGAAUUUCAAGGGAGGAGUUAUUCUAGUUUCUCACGAUGAGCGACUAGUGCGGUCCAUGUGCAAGGAAGUCUGGGUCUGUGGUAAAGGCAAAGUUCAAUCAAUCGAAGGAGGGUUCGAAGAAUACAAAAGAAUUGUGCAAGAAGAAUUAAAACUAUUAGAAUGAUAAUUAUAUUUAAUGUAAUCGUUAAUUCGCAAAAGACCUGCUAAUAAAGUAUGUCAUUUCUCUUGA